AAUUGUUUACAUUUUGUUUUUAAUUUGUGAUCUUUAUUUUGGAGCUCCACGAUGACCUGUGAUACCACCGAGGCUCUGGCAGCCCACAUGUGUGAGCUGGUGCAGUUUUAUAUGCUGCCUGAGAUUAAAGAAGAUCUGGACAAUGUGCAGCUGGAGGCGUCACAAUUUGAGAGCUAUCAUUCCUUGCUAAUUCAGGAUUUGCCAAAACUCUACGACAUGGUUCAAGAAUUUCUAAAGAAAUCCGAUGAUACGGGUCACGAAGAGUUAAGAAUAAAGCUGCUCCUGCUGCUUUGUGAACUUACUGCUGCUCCCACAGUAUAUCAACUUACGGAUGGAAAACUCUUAAAAAACGCCAACGACCUAGCUGAGAAGCUUUCCCAAAGUUGGUGGGUGUCCACGGACUCACAAAUUCUUAAAUAUUAUGAGAAUAAACUGCACAGGGAUAGCUGGAAGCGACAACUGGGCGCAGUGCACGGUUUUGCGCGAUAUUUGGAGUUGAGAUACACAGAGAAGUUUAAAAUGCCCAUCCAAAUGCUAACAUUCGCUUUGUCGGUCGGAUUGAAUGUGCGGGAAUGCUAUGAUCCAGCCUACAAACAGCUUGCAGUCAAGAUCUUCACAGUGAUGCUUAAAUAUAGUGAUGUCAGUAAUAUUCAAGAACUAAAUGUUCAUAGUGUGAUUUAUGAGAAUGCACUGAAGGAUGCUUACAACAUGGAGUCUAUUGAAGCUAUGGAUGCAGUUUGGAAUUGCUUGUACCUGUGCCUUGACCAUUUCAAAGAUUUGGAUGCCUUCACGUGGAAUCAAUGCGACGAUAUGCUAGAGCGACUCAUCCGCAACGUGACUAUGGCCUCCAGUCCCAAAACCUCCAUCUGUAUGGUGCAGUUUAUAAUCCAACUAGGGUACUAUUUCACCAUCAACCGCACCGAUGUCGAAGUAGCUCUAACCGCGAACCUGAGUGAUCCAAUAGAACUAGCAGCCUGUCGAGAUGUGUGUCUAUCACUAAGCGCCAGCACAAGUUAUCGUUGGGCCAAGGCCAUUCUCCAGAUGCUGGUCCUGGAGUCUGAGAAACUUCUACAGAGCCCUGAAGUAUGCGUGGAGCUCCUUGAACAAAUCCUUAGAUGCUAUUUGGUUUGCAUUCUACCAAUCCCACUAGAAGCUCUGCGUUACCAUUUGCCCGAAUUUUAUAGUAAAUUUGUGGCCGUUUUGAUGGAAUGUUUGACCAUUCACGAAAGAACUCCUCCGGUUUUACAGUUGGUGCAAAGGUUUAUUGAAACAUUCAUCUAUCAACUGGCCAAUUGCUCGACGCAGAAACUACACAGCGACCUACAAAAGUUUAUGGAUGAUUUAAAAACUUUACAAAAUAAAAUUACAGAAUAG